UUUGUCGCUUGUUUUCUUUCUCCCCUCGGCUGCUCUCUGUGGAAUCUCUGUGAUCAUUUUGCUGAAGGUUGUGGGAAGUAUUUGAGGAGAGUGGCGGCUGAGCCAUGUCUAAUUGGAAACAGCACCCUGUGCUACUAAAUCUGAAGGCUGCUGAUGAGAACAUCUCAAGCGGCCUGUUCCUGGCUACAAACAACCAGUCACCUUUGGCACAGUACCGCUCUGUCAUGCAAAUGCUCGAGUACUCAGCACAUGGCAUCCCAUGGCUCUUGGGGACGUGCUCACUCAUUUGGUUCGUCACGGACCGAGAUUUGGAGGCAUUUUAUGUCAAUUUGCUGAUAGCGCUCGUGUUGGACCUCAUUGCUGUGGCCAUCAUUAAGGCUGUAGCUCGGCGGAAACGACCCGCAGUCAACGUGAACGACAUGUUCUUCACUGUAUCUGUUGACAACCACUCAUUUCCCUCGGGUCACGCAUCACGUGUUGUCUUCCUGGCAUGCCUGUUUCUCAACUACACAACAAUUAAUGUAGUCUUCAAGUUUGUCACAUUGGUGUGGAGCCUUUCUGUGCUUGCAUCACGAGUGCUGCUGGGACGGCAUUAUGUUGGUGAUGUUGUAGGUGGUGCCAUACUUGGACUGAUUGAGUAUGUCAUCAUUAUGAUCAUUUUUUGGAUGAGCACGGACAGUGCACUGUAUUUUGCAUCAUUCUUCACAACAUUUGACAUCCUGCACGGUGGCAUUAAAGAAGUAGAGGUUUGAACAAAGCUGGGGAGCUGCACGAGACAUUUGUUGAAGACAGCCCUAUUACUUAAUGCCACUUUUCUUGGUGCUCAAGGUACAGCUUAUAGGUUUUGCUGUGAUCAUGAUCUUCAUCAACAUUGUAGAUGUUUGGACUCCUCUUGGGAAGACUCGGUCUGAAAUUAAAGAAAUCUGUACAAAAAAGUGGUAGCAACAAAUUGUGCACCAGCGUAUAAAGAUUCCUAAAUCUUUUGCUAUGCUUUUUUUGCAAUUUGCAAUAACAUUGCAUUUAAAACGAAUUUGAAAGACCAUUGAAAUCAAUUUCUUCACUAAUAUGUCUCGACUUCUUACCAGCAUUGAGCAUGUAAAAAAACAACCCUGUUGCACAUAUCACACAGUGAUAACUGCACCUGCACAAUGUUACAGAAUGCUACAAAAACAGCCGAAGCUCAAAUAAUGUCGUGGCACCAUUAUUACCUAUGAAGCCACUUUCCUCGCUCUCAAAGAUGGCAUAUGUUUAGGAAGUCACAAGCCUCAGCUGUGCAUUCUAAGAUCAAAAUGGGAUGCAUAACAUGACAUGGCACAGCUAAAAUGCAAACUUUGGAUUUCUGUGAAGUUGCAGUGUAUAAACCUGCUGCUAGAACUGUGCCAUGCGGCACGAAAAGAAUAGAUUUAAAUGGACCCUGACUCAGUUUCAACGACUGUCUACGAAGCUACUGAGUCAACAGCAUAACUAUUUGCGAUCAUUAUUUGACUAAGUUAAGUUCUUUGUGUAAAGGGUGUAAUUUAUUAUAAGGCUUUAUAUGCAUCACUGCAGAUCACAGAAGUGACACCACAUGAAGCUGUCAGCUACCCUUCAGACAUGGUAUGAUUUUGCAUUGUCACUCGUGCAAUUGAUAUGAUUCACUACCACUGUGAUAUCAUGGGUAAAUUCUGAAACUUUAUCGUGAACAAAUGUUUUUCUUAGUGGUCUCUCUCGACAUGUCACUAUUUCUCACAUUUGAAAAAGAGUCGGAGAAGGAGAUUGUGUUGCACUUGGGAGCCUCUGACAGCCAGUCAGUGUCAUCGGCUUGUGUUGCAACAUGCUGAAAGCUUACAUAAGCUGCACCACUAGUUUUAAUUUCACAGUUUAUUUCUCAAGCACAAUGUGUCACGCUUGCUGCAGUAUGGGCUCUAAAUUUUGGAAGUGGCGACAUGUUGAACUGCAACAUGUCCCCAUGAGCUUGUGCAGUGCAACUGGCAAGUGCAAUGGUUGCAGUGCAUUAGUACAGUGAGCUCUGGGCCGCAUUUAGAAAUUAACCACCAGAGGAGACGUGAGGGAUCUAGAACAGCCGGUUUAGUUGUGGCACUUUUUGUUCAAGAGAUCAAGCAGACAAACACAAAGUGUGGCCUCCACAAUCUCCUAUGUGCCAACGGACGACUGCGAAAGGCUGCGCUUAGCCUUGACUGCUUGGCGAAAAAGUUAAGGGGGAAAUUCUCUUGGUACAACAUGUUUUAUUUAAUGGUGCAUAUGACUCACUCUAAUUGUAGUCGAACUGCUUUCGUAAUUUCAGCAAAGUAUUUUGGGACUCUUUGAUGACUAAAAAGAAAUAAAUUGGGCUGGAGUAAAAGGUAACAUUAGUCUACUAGAAGCCCAGCAUACCAUUGCCGGGGCGUAGGUGUUCUGCAAUUUUGCAAAAUUCUUAAUGUAAUGGGUGACAGCUUAUGCUGCAGAAAACUUCACUCCCUCUUUUGUCACAUUUGCUUGCUUCUAUCCUCACCAUUACUAAUUGCUUUUGAAGUUUCCUGUGAUAAACUGCCUCCCAAAAAGCACUUAAACAAAAUCUAGAAAACUGCACAUUUCGACAGUACCGUUGAGGCAUUCUGUAAAGGAGUGCACUGAAUCGGAAGAAUGGCUGAGCAUAGCAUGAUGUUGUUUAUUAAGAACAGUUCUCGUAAAUCAUAUCAUGUUUGUAGUUUACUGAAGAGUGCCACAGAAAACAUUAGAUGAGACUGUUAAACAGAUGGCAGAAGUUAACGACGUUAGGGCUAGUGGUACUGGAUAAUGAAAUGAAAAAAAAAACAGCGUUUAAGAGACAAGGAAAAGAAAGAAUGAUGGGUGUGGGGUGGGUGGUGCAAGCAUUUGCCACUUGUGGAAGAGCCCCAGCAUGCUUUUCAGGGAAACGAAGAACCAAGCUAUUGCUGCCUUCAGGAUUAGCUCAUAAAACAUUUAAGAUCGUGGCAGCAAAACCAUACUACACUCAACAAGAAGGCCAUGGUUCGCAUCAAAAGUGAGGCCCGCUUUCAGGGGUUCAGAAGAGAUUCGGCUUAUGAGGUAUUCAAAAGACAAGGUCUCUUUUAAAGAGAAUCCACUGUACAUUUGCGAAAACUGAGGUCUGAUCUUGCUGCAAGAAAAGAUGGAAAGCAUACUCAUCACUUUGUAGCAGGGAAUGAGCCUUCAGCGCGAAAAAUGCCUACACAUCCUUGGAUUUUUCACUUUCAGUAGUACUGCUUGUUUCAUUGAAACAAUGUCAUACAAUGGUGCUCGUAAACAUAAUCAGAUAUUCUAUUCUAAUUCCUUAUAGGGGAACUUCGUUGUCGUAAACUAAGACCCUGACAUUGUCACACACCUGCAUGUGCUCAUUCAAAUUGUAACUUGGUGUUCGUACUCGUUCAUUAGGAUUGUAGAACAUAGGCGUGCUGUCAUCUCGGACAGAUUUUUCAAAUCUUUAGGUCAUUCAUUUUUGAAUGCAAAACAGUGUUACUUACUUUGUAAAAGAUAACCCGUAUUAUCCUCAAAUCAUGAAACUGCAUUUAGGAAAAUACUCUCCUUCUAAGUACAGAAGCAACACUUCUGUUGAUUGAAAAUUGUAAAUAAUGCUUAACUUGGAAAACCUGUCUCAUACAGCAUUCUUACUGUGUUAAAAUGUGUAUUUAGCUUGUAAAAGCAACCUGGAAUGUACUUGAUACUUGGAACAGCGUCUCAAAAACUACUCAUAAUAAGGAAGAAAAAGAAAGCAACCAAAUUUUUGUUUAAAAUAUGCAAAGCCCAGAAAAAAAUGGCAUUAUGUAUGGGAGGGUUUCAUCUAAUAUUUAUUCAGCUGGUGUUCUGAACAGCUCAUUGGACAUUCCAGCUUUAAAGUUACAAUAAGUUGAAACUUGUAAUGCUAGCAACACAUAAAAACAUUCAUAAUUUUGUGCACUGUUUUUAUUGUGCUUUUAAAUAAAAUAUAAAAUUGUUAAUAGGGCCAAGAACUCAACCAGUCACACACAGCUGUAGCAUUGUAUCUGCAGUUUUUCUUGCUUGAAAAGGGCUAUGUUAUCAUGAAUGCAUGCUUCUCAUUGUAUGAUGUGGGUCUACCAACAUCAUUUAUUCAUCAGGUAGCUGCAUGCGCACAGCCGUAUUGAGCUUAGCUAUAGAGGAUCAAGUUUUCACACUGCUGCUGAAGUAAGGCACAGAGCAGAAUUUGUCUCAUGUUCACAUCAGGGGGCUUUUGCCACCUAAGUAUGUGGAUUCUUUUUGUCUUAAAAUAGGCUUUCACUAAUGAGACAAUAGUAAGAUGAGGCCAUGCCCUUGAUAGCAGACAGUUAGUUCUAAGUUCAUUGCAUACAUUAUUUCUGCCAUUUACUAUGCUUCAGCUUUUCUUGACUGAAAAUUUCAUUAACCAUGGAAAAAAUUGGAAAAUACUCUCUUCAGCUAUUAUCCGUGAAUAUGAUCGCAGUAGUAGUACUUAAUCACUCACUAGAGACAGUUAUAGUGCUGCCUUAAUGAUUUUUUUUCCUCGCAUAACAUUUUCCACAAGUGCCAGUAACAUGCAUACCCUGUACCUCUCAAUACUGCUCCCACCAACUUGAAUGGUUUUGAUUGUACAUUUUUAUAAUACUUGAAUGGCACCAUAGGACUGCUACUUCACCUUGAGCAACGAAACCACUUUCGUGCCUGUAGUUAGUGAAUAAAAUGCUAGGGCCAUCCUGUAUGUCUCGAUUUUUUUGGAGUUGCUUUGAUUUUAGAGCCCCCAUUGUUGAUAAAGGACUCAAAGUAACGCACAAGCAGCAGUCAUUUUGUUAUAUCAUUUACAUUUUUGUGCACUUGUUUCACAUUUAUGAAAUUGACAACUAUCUAGUUGUAGUUUUAUGGUGUGUACUUCCCACUUCAUAGUAACAAAGUGAGCUUUUUGUAUUGUUUGUUCUUAUUGUGCCCCUGUCUGCUUGUGUUACUAUGAAGACCUUGUACGAACAAGCCCAAAUUUCAACCACAUUAAAGUGCAUAUUUUGAGAGCAGUACUACGAUUCAUGAAAUAUGAGCCAGCUUUCAUUGUGCGGUUCCAUCUUUGUGUGUGUUUCCACUUUGCAACGCCGUUUUUCAAGUACAAAUGUGUCAUUGUGGCCUGACUCUCUGACUGGUUCCCCGAGGUCAUUUACGGUAGUUGCUUGAAAAAAGUUCUGCGUGAGCAUUUGUGCAUGCAAGACAUCACUGUUGACUGAUGCCUGCUUUGAUUGUCACUCGAGAGUCCACUUGCAUGAGAGGCCAUUGCAGUGGAAGCAGCUUUCUAGUUGUAGGAUAUGUUUUCUUGUCAAACAGCCAGUCUAUGUAAACUGACGUUCAGCAUGAAAAAGUGCCGCAUACUUUUUGGCAAUACUUCAGAGUCUAGCUAUGUAAAGAAACACUUAUAGCUAUUGCCAUCCACACAACUUGCGUAAAGCUAAAAGCUAUUAUUCAAGGAGAAGAGGCUGAGGCACACGUUUUUCAUUUCUAGUUCCAAGUGUACAUAAUAAAAAUGUCAACAUACAUAAACUGAAUUUCACAAGGGGAAAAAUAUUACUAAUAGCCCUUGGUGUUUUUUAAAAUUGUUUCUCGAAGUAAGGGUUUUUUUUUUUCACUCCCCACAUGGAAUGAUCAUUUCUGCUUUUAAGGCUUUGUUCAUGUUUUGUUAGAUAAUGUUCUUACUUUUCUUAUACACGCUGUGUACUAAUGGGCAUUGAACAUCAAUUGAAAACUAAUUGGCAAAUUGCAACUUCUGGUGUCAUGUGGGAAUCUGUUGGAUGGAUACUAGUUUUAUUUACUGAAUUAAUUUAUUUUACACAAAAUAUAGGUUGUAUUGUCAGUGAAACAUUGUGGAGAAAAUACCAGGCAUAUAAAAGGAGAAGAUAACAAAUAAGACUUCUUUUACCCAUGAACCUUUUGUUUAUUUAUAUACCUCUUCACUUGUGAAAUUGUUAUUGCAAGAGAACUUUUCUUUUAGAAUAAUACAUGAUUGCACACAUGCUGUAGACAAGCCUCCAGGUAGCUGAAAGUUCAUCAUUGUGCUAUGUGUUUGUUCACUAGUUGCAAUCAGUGCAAGUCAAAGAUUGUGAUUAGACGAGCCUUACUUCUCAAACCAAUUGAAUAGUCCAGGCUGUGGGUUCUCAAACAGUGUUCCGCCGAACCUGGGGGUUCUACUAAGGGUGUCUUAUGGUGUCGUGGGUAGCCAGAACAACUGCAACCCACCUCCGCUCUACCCCCAUCAGCACCUCUUUUUUGUUUUGUUUUUUUUUUUUUUAGAAAUGCAAAUUAGGGGGUUAGGGGUUCCGCAACACUCUUGAAAAGCCUUUGGGGUUCCCUAAAGCCAGAAAGUUUCAGAACCCCCCCCCCCCUGGCCUAGGCUGUGCUGGCCUUAAAGUACAGUUUUAACUGAAUGAGUUCCUUGUUUUGCACACUUUUCUUCACUGAUGUUGCAACUUUUACCUCGUGCCUGAAAGAGUGUUAUAAGAUCCACCACAUGAUUGUUGCUUCAGUUGCAAGUAACUAUUGCAUGAAGUGUAAUAUUUUGAUAUUAUACUUAUCUCCAUGGGGAUGUGCAUUGACUUUGUGUAUUGACGGGAAUAAUGAUGCAAAAAAUAAUCUCUUGUAUGGAAAAAGAAAGUUGUACCUAUUUGUAUAUAUAAAACAAAUUCAGACGUAUGUUUGAUUGUUUUGACAGACCGUAUACAACAUCUUGAUAUGGGUGUCUGUGACUGCUCUUACUUAAAAUUCAUGAAUGUUAUUACAAAAGCUUGUUCCUAAUUCGACAUACCGCUUGAACGUGUUGUCGUUUCAAUGUAGAUAUGAUUUUUUUUUAAUUUAUGCCAGAUGUUCCUUCUGAAAUAGCCAGCCAUGGUUAUUGCACAUGUAUGUUGGUUUCUUGGAGACUGUUAUGGGACACGAAUUUCGCUGGUGCCUGAGUAUACACAAUGUGAAUGCCAAUAGGCUCAACAUUAAAAGUUUGAAUACCUAGCAGGUUCAACACGCUUACAUUUGAAAGUGACUUGUAUGCACUGUAAUGUUAUUGGGACUUUAUUGCCGUGAAAAAGCAAGGUUGACCUUUUCUCGCUGUUAUUAACUUAACUGCAUGUGCCACAUAUGUUCAACUGUAAUCUAUUGCUAUUGUUAUGUAGUGAAAUGCAAAGACAUUUUAUGUGUACGCAGCCAGUGAGCAUGAGCAUAAUCUUCCACAUUGACAAAUGAGUUUCAUCACCUGACAACAUGACUAGAAGUACCGUAGUUGUGCAUGUUUGUGUCUUUGGUUAACAUGUACAGAAUGAGCUCUAUGCCAGCCCACUAAUACUGAGUAGGUGGAUAUGCAAAGGGAAGAGUUAAGAAUUCUCUCCAUAGUGUCAUAAAUAAAUAUUUUCAGAGUAAUGAAUAAAUUAUAUAAGGUUAAAAUAACAAAGCUUGGUAAGAAGACAUACUUUUCAAACAGUGUUGGAGCAGGACAGGAACAGUGAUGUGUACCCUUAAUUUCUUUCCCAUUUUUUUUGCUCUUAGCGGUACUUAUACAGUAGACUCUCAGUAAAGGGAAAUUUGUUAAACAGAACUACUGCUGAAACGGAACUAUUAUUUCUGCAAUGCUUGGUUUCGGGCUUGCAUUCUUCACCCAUGUUCACCUCUCAAUAAACGGAACUCCUGUUAAAUGGAACAUAUUUUCCCGGUCCCUUCAGGUUCUGUUCACUGAGAGUCUACUGUAUAUAAAUAUAUGUAAUAAGAGCAUAAUAGUGUGCAAUUCUUCUUUAAAAAGAAUUCUGGCACACUGUUUCUAUCUUGUCAGCAGCAAAUAUACUUUCAGCAAACACCAAUGUUUUAGUCGCAUGUCUGUGCUGAAGGAGAUGCAUACAACUGUGAUAACGAUUGUUUUUCUCUCAAAAGGCCUGGGUUUUUGUGGUUGAAUGUUUCUGGCUGGAUGUGUUUCUUGUUUAUUUGGGAAUAUACUUGUAUGUAAAUAGAUUCUUAUUGUUGUCUUAGCAAACAAAGCUUGAGAUCACAGAAAUUUCUCCCGUGUAUUUUUAACGUACGAUAUUGUUAUACUAACAGUCAUUCUCCAGAGUGAAAAAUGUAGCCUGAUGUGGUGGCCAGCACUGGCAGUCACAGCCAGUGAUUGUGGUGAGUGAGCACUGCAGGACUAUGUUAUCCCUGUCGAGUUUUGUGUGAGUAGAUGUGUGAUACAAAGGCAUGCUUCUUUUACAAACUUGUGUAUAUGUCGAACCCUUUUGUGUAGGGCAUUUCUUUAGAAUGUUGAGCUUUAUUGUGUGACGUGCUGAACUAAAGUACCUCAAUUACAGGAGUGUGUUACUUAGUCCUGCCUUAGCACCUACUUAAAACAAUAAAAUGGAUGUUUUUGUCCUGUUUGUAGCUUGCA